AUGUAUGGCUCCUUGUUGGCCAAGCUAGAGCUGAACCUCUCAUUCUUGGAGGCCCAAAGCAAACCAUUCAAACACCUGCCACAGAAGGACCAGGGACAGCCAAGUGACGCCGUGCUCCCCAGCCGGGUGUACUGGAUCGCCUCUGUCAUCCAGGCAGCAGGCUAUCGGGUGCUGCUCCGCUAUGAAGGCUUUGAAAAUGAUGCCAGUCAUGACUUCUGGUGCAACCUGGGCACCGUGGACGUCCACCCUAUCGGCUGGUGUGCUAUCAACAGCAAGAUCCUGGUGCCCCCACGGACCAUCCACGCCAAGUUCACCAACUGGAAAGGCUACCUCAUGAAGCAGCUGGUGGGCUCCUGGACACUGCCUGUGGAUUUCCACAUCAAGAUGGUGGAGAGCAUGAAGUACCCCUUCUGCCAAGGCAUGCGCCUGGAAGUCAUAGACAAGUCCCAGGUGUCACGGACCCGCAUGGCCGUGGUGGACACAGUGAUCGGGGGUCGCCUGAGGCUCCUCUAUGAGGAUGGUGAUAGUGAUGACGAUUUCUGGUGUCACAUGUGGAGCCCCCUGAUCCACCCACUGGGAUGGUCAUGGCGUGUUGGCCACGGCAUUAAGAUGUCAGAGAGGCGAAGUGACAUGGCCCAUCACCCCACCUUCCGGAACAUCUACUGUGAUGCUGUCCCUUACCUGUUCAAGAAGGUACGUGCUGUCUACACAGAAGGUGGCUGGUUUGAGGAGGGGAUGAAGUUGGAGGCCAUCGACCCCCUGAACCUGGGGAACAUCUGCGUAGCAACCAUCUGCAAGGUCCUCCUGGACGGCUACCUGAUGAUCUGUGUAGAUGGGGGACCCUCCACCGACGGCUCUGACUGGUUCUGCUACCACGCCUCCUCCCAUGCCAUCUUCCCAGCCACCUUCUGCCAGAAGAAUGACAUUGAGCUCAUGCCCCCAAAAGGGUAUGAGAGCCAGACCUUCAACUGGCAGACUUACUUGGAGAAGACCAAAUCCAAAGCGGCUCCAGCGAGACUCUUCAAUAUGGACUGCCCCAACCAUGGCUUUAAGGUGGGCAUGAAGCUGGAGGCCGUGGACCUGAUGGAGCCAUGUCUCAUCUGUGUGGCUACAGUGAAGCGGAUGGUGCACCGGCUGCUCAGCAUCCACUUCGACGGCUGGGACAGCGAGUAUGACCAGUGGGUGGAUUGUGAGUCCCCGGACAUCUAUCCCAUGGGCUGGUGCGAGCUCACCGGCUACCAGCUGCAGCCACCAGUGGCCACAGAACCGACCACACCUCUGAAGGCCAGAGAGGCCACAAAGAAGAAAAAGAAACAGUUUGGGAAAAAAAGGAAAAGGAUCCCGCCCGCCAAGUCCCGGGCCCUCAGACAGGGCUCCAAGAAGCCCCUGCUGGAGUAUGAGCCGAAGGCUAUAGGGAAGGUGGAGUCGGAGCCUAGGCCUGGAGACAUCAUUACCGUGUGUGUGAAGGAGGAGCACCUGGACACGGCCUCGCCCAGCAAGGCUGCCAGCCUGGAGCUGCCUCUGCCCAUGCUGCAAAGUCAGGAGCCUCGCUCCAACAAGUUGCUCAACUGCAACAUCCUGACUCUCUUCAGAUCCGCAGCAGUGUGCCCGCCAGUCAUGGGUGUACUGAAGCUUCCGAAACCCAGAACCAAAGCAAACCUUUUCUUCUUUAAGAUGUCAUCAUCAGGCAUUUGGUCGCAGUGA